CCCAAAACCUCUAAUACUUAAUCGUUAAACCCUUUUCUUCAAUUAGAAAAUUAUCGUUGGUUUUGCAGAUUCCUACGCUGGUUCUUCGGGUAACAAGAAGAAGAAAAUGGUGCUGGGGCUAUUGCUUGGACUUGCAAGGUCAUCAUUCGGAAGAAAGCGAACAUCUUCUCUCGAAAUUCUCACUUCAAAAGGUGGUCCGAGGGGUUUCUACAAGGGCAAGAAUUGCAUACCCACGGGCUUCCACACUCGCAAAGGUGGUUAUGUCGUGGUUCCAGAAAAGCUUCCUAAUUAUGUGGUUCCAGAUUUAACCGGUUUCAAGCUAAAGCCAUACGUAUCGCAGUGCCCAACAGAAGCCAAAACAGCAGAGGCUGCCGAUUCUGCUAAAUAAUAUCAGUAGGAACUAGGAAGUACACAAUUGUUCCCCUCAAAUGCAUAUGCUGAUCAUGCUUCACUUCAAUGUACUUCGUUUAGCUCUUUCCUUUGAAAGAUUUCAUCGCACACUCUCACUAUAUUUUUCACGAGUGCAUUCCCCUAAUACAUUAGAUUAGCUGAUCCCUACGUGUUCGUUUCUUCACUCUCCAACCCCCUUUCGUGUUAUUAUUCGGGCUGUAAUAAUGUUAACCAUUGCUUCUUCUAUUCCUCAUUCUGCACCUUGAUGUUGCAGAUAGAUGGGUUAGCAGCUCCUUGGGUGCGGUUUUUGCCCCAUUCUUAGUAUAUUUUUUUUUAGAUCAUCAGGACGGGAAACGCCCAAAUCAAAGCACUACUAGUUACAAAGAACAUCUAGAUCUGUUGUUUAUUAAUGGAUAAGAUUGUGACUGUGGUUUCUC